GGUCAGUUUCCGCCCAGCUUGCCCGGCUUCGCCCGCGCGGCUGGAGUCAAGAUGGAGGAGUAUGCGAGAGAGCCUUGCCCCUGGCGAAUUGUGGAUGACUGUGGUGGGGCCUUUACGAUGGGUACCAUAGGUGGUGGUAUCUUUCAAGCAAUCAAAGGUUUUCGAAAUUCUCCAGUGGGAGUAAACCACAGACUACGAGGGAGUUUGACAGCUAUUAGAACCAGGGCUCCACAAUUGGGAGGUAGUUUUGCAGUUUGGGGAGGCCUGUUCUCUAUGAUUGAUUGUAGUAUGGUUCAAGUCAGAGGAAAAGAAGAUCCCUGGAACUCCAUCACUAGUGGUGCCUUAACAGGAGCUAUACUGGCAGCAAGAAGUCCUCAGUUUGCUGAAGACCCCUCCCAGUUGCCUUCCACCCAGUUACCAUCCUCACCUUUUGGAGACUAUCGACAAUAUCAGUAGAACUUUUUUCCCAGGAUUUCUUUAACAGAAUGAGCUGUAGUUCAAGAAAGAUUUCAGAAGAUCAAGUUGCAGUCUGUUUUUAAAACCAUAGGUGGAACAACUGUGGCCAAAUAGGCUAUGAAGAGACAUUUAGCACUUUUUUCUAUUUAAAGGAACGUGGAGGGGGGGAAUAAAAGAUGCCACAUUUAUGUAUUCACACUCGGAUUGCAUUUGUGAUCAAAAUAAAUAUCUAAUGUCCUUAAAAGAAAAUAUAAUAAGUGCUUAAAGAUGAAGGACCAAAGGGCAAAUAACAGUGGAACAUGACCAUCAUUUCCUUAGGGACUUCUCUGCCUGGUUUUAUGUGUUCUAUUAUUCAAACAAUAAAAAGCUCCUGGAACUUA